ACACUGUGUCUGUGUCUGUGUCUGUGUGUGUGCCAUUUAAAAAAAGAAAAAAAUAUUUUAAGUAAGAGAAAAAAAAAGGAGCUAGAACCCCUAAAGAAUGAGAGUCUGCUACACUAGUAGUAUUACACCAUCACUACCACUAGUUCUAGCUGAGCAACUGCCUGUACUUUUGAUUUUUGCAUCAGUUUCUACUGCUAUUACAACUACAUUCAGUCACUUUCAGACCAACCAACACCAACUGUUUCAACUGAAUCAUCAGUAUAAUCAUGGGCAAUUGUGGAACUAGAGAGGAAUCUGCUGUUGUCUCCAAUGCUCAAGUUCAACAGCAGCUUCACCACAUGUUAUCAUCAUCUUCUUCAGUUAAAAAUGGUAUUGAUAAGAAGCAUAACAGGUCUAUAUCAGAUCUGAGUGAUCCUACUUCUACUCCAAGGAACUUUGAGGAUUCUAGGAAGAAUUCUCUUCUUUAUACUCAUGUUAUUGCCUUCACUUUGUAUGAGCUCGAGACAAUAACUAAGAGCUUUCGUUCUGAUUAUAUUCUGGGAGAGGGUGGGUUUGGGACUGUGUACAAAGGCUACAUUGAUGAGAAUGUUAGGGUUGGUCUUAAAUCUCUUCCUGUUGCUGUCAAGGUUUUGAACAAGGAGGGUCUUCAGGGCCACCGCGAAUGGCUUACGGAAGUCAACUUUUUGGGGCAGCUUAGGCAUCCUAAUCUGGUCAAGUUGAUUGGAUAUUGUUGCGAGGAUGAUCAUAGAUUACUUGUUUAUGAGUUCAUGUUCAGAGGAAGCCUCGAGAAUCACCUUUUUCGAAAAGCAACUGUUCCACUGCCUUGGGGUACGAGAAUGAUGAUUGCUCUUGGAGCAGCUAAAGGGCUUGCAUUUCUUCACAAUGCUGAAACGCCAGUAAUAUAUCGGGACUUCAAGACCUCCAACAUUUUAUUGGACUCUGAUUAUACAACCAAGUUAUCUGAUUUUGGACUUGCAAAAGCUGGACCACAAGGUGACGAGACUCAUGUAUCAACCCGGGUCAUGGGCACCUACGGUUAUGCUGCCCCUGAAUACGUAAUGACCGGUCACCUUACUGCAAGAAGUGAUGUGUACAGUUUUGGAGUUGUUCUUCUAGAGCUACUAACAGGAAGGAAGUCCGUCGACAAGACAAGACCCAGCAAGGAGCAGAGCUUGGUCGAUUGGGCGCGUCCAAAGUUGAACGACAAGAGAAAAUUGCUGCAAAUAAUUGACCCUAGAUUAGAGACUCAAUACUCCGUAAGAGCAGCACAGAAAGCCUGCAGCUUAGCGUAUUAUUGUUUGAGCCAGAAUCCCAAGGCAAGGCCCUUGAUGAGCGACGUAGUUGAAACUUUGGAACCUCUACAAUGCAGUAACGAUACUGAAGUCUCAUCAUCAUUGGCCUUUGCAGGAAGCGCAGCAUUUGCAAUGGGAGGAGUUGCUGACUAUCGUAUGCGUCGUAGAUUUGCCAAUAACGUUGGCCCUGGUUCAAAUUGUCGAUCGCCUAAUCCUAAUUGCUCCCCAGGUGGUCCUGCGGCUUGCAGGGUUAGAUGAGCAAUAUGUAUUCGUUGUCGUCUUCCUCCCCCCACCCAACUGUCUCUGAGAAUGACAUAAUCUGAUUGUUAAGUGAUGAGUGCAUUUGCUUCUUGGCUCUUCCUGUAAAUUCUGUCUUUUGAUCUCCAAGCAGCUGGUAAUUGUUGCUGCCUGACUUUGUGCUUUGUAUUACUUAGUGAAGUUUUUGUUUCAGCAAUGAGAAAUGCCAAAUGAACGUAA